UCUCGCUAUAGGAAACGGGAGAAAGGGUGUUGAUUGACGGGAAGCCGGAAAGAUCCGAGUGUUGCCGAACAAAACCGAAGAUAGCCGAAGUCUCGUGAGAGUUGCGUGCUUGAUUUUGGCAAGUCAGUGUAAGUUGACGGGACUUAGUAAGCGCAUCCAGGAUGGGGAAUGGGCUUAAUCGCAACAAAAUUGGUCGCUUUGUUCCUGCUGGCCCUGUUAAGGCUGGUUUUGGGACUAAGUCCUUUGCUCAUAGUAAGGACCCUCCUCGAAACCCACAAGAAACAGGUUGAGAUGUGUGUAUCGCUGUGCCUGUGCCUUGGCGGGGGUGUGCUCCUGGCCACCUGUUUCAUCCACCUGCUGCCCGAGACCAGGUCUACACUGGCCGCCGCCUUCCUGCCUGCGCACCGCUUCCCGCUCGCCGAGCUGCUAGUGUGUGCCGGCCUUUUCCUCGUGCAUCUCGUCGACGAAAUGGUUGUCGCCUUGGCUUCUGCUGCAGGAAACCGCGUGUCUCCAGCUGCGUCAGCUGCCGCAAAGUCGGAAGCGGCCGAAGUCGCAGCCGAGAACUGCGGAGCUGUCACGCAGAGCGACGAGAGGCCAGCACGCGGCAUUUUUGUCGUGCUAGCUCUCUCCUUCCAUUCGUUUGUCGAAGGCUUAGCGAUUGGUCUGGAGGAGACAGUAUCGGACGUGUGGUUUCUGUUCGUGGCGGUGCUGGUGCAUGAGGGAGUUAUACUGUUCAGUGUGGGAAUAGACCUGGUUGCCUCAGGGGUUGCAUUCGCUCAUGCCGUCGUCUAUAUUACGCUUUUGGCUCUUGUCUCGCCGGCCGGUAUGCUGGUGGGAAUUCUGUUCACGGGGAACGAGCAGACUGUGGACAGUCAUUCGAUCACAGUGGCAGUGGUCCAAGGCCUCACAGCCGGAACUCUCCUCUAUGUUACCUUUUUCGAGGUUCUCACCAAGGAGCGCUACGAGAGAUGUUCUUCCGGCCUCUUGGCCCUUCUUGUAUCGUUGCUCGGGUUUCUACUCAUGCUAGCUCUACAACUGAUAGGUAUCCAUGACCAUAAAACUCAUGAGCCGUCACAAUUGGAUUGUCCGUUUAUUGACAGUGACCAACAAGUAGAUCUACUCGAGGAUCUAUCGUGAACAAAAUUCAAUAGAGAAACUGGAUAAAUUCAAAUGUAAAGUCUUCUAAUUUGUCGUGUGAACCUAGAAGCCGCUAUAUUUAUGACGUUUAGGAUCUGUUUAGUUAAGGAUGACGUUUAGUUCAAUAGGAUAUGGAAAACAAAUGUUCUUGCUGUUAGCUUUUUUAAAUUGCUUUUUGGAUGUAUCGUUUGUAGUAAUAUAUUGUUUAAAAAUGUUUCUAGGAUGAGUAGCUUGAAAGAGGUAAGCUUAUGUAAUUGUUGUAAAGUUAUGCUGUGUUUUAUCAAUAUAAUUAAUACUAACACUUCAAUGGCAUGUUACCUGAUGUUGUUGAGAAAGAUUAAUUGAAUAGUGAAAUAAAAUAACUUUCAAAGAAUGGAUCAAUCAUUAAUUGAACCCUGGAGCUUCAGAUUUACUUACCGUAAUUAGUUAAUUAUAAUGAGUAAUCAGAUUAACAUUCCUUCCAAUUUAUAAUUUUUACACUUCAGUUGAACCAGGGUAUCAAAUUUGAACAUUUUUUGUCAAUAAGUUCUUGAAAAAUCUGAGAAAACGCAGAAAAACUAUGAAAACUCAGAUUUCCAAAUCCUAGCUAUCUAUACUAUCAGCUAUAGGCGUAUCUUUGAUUUUUUUCAAAUUCUGUCUUAGUUCUACUCUUCAAUAUAUCAUUUUCACACUUCAGUUGAACCUGGGUUUCAAAUUCGAACAAUUUUGUCAAUCAGUUAUUGAAAAAUCUGAGAAAACGCAGAAAAACUAUGAAAACUCAGAUUUCCAAAUCCCAGCUCUAUUUAUAAAGGCGUCUCUUUGGAUUUUUCAAAUCCGGUCUUAGUGUGACUCUACAAGGGCAACUAAACCUACCUGCCAAAUUUGACGUAUUUGAUUUGUUUAGGUAGACGUUUAGUCCUGUUCAUGGUGAAUGAAGUUGAUAAAUGAAAGUAUUUUCAGAAUAUAAGAAGCUUGUCAUUUUCUCACUUUUACUCACUAAAUAGAAGACAAACUUAUUCAUAUAAUAAAAGUGUAAUGGGAUGACAACAACUUACAUUUCUGAUAAUAUGCAAGGCAAUAAGAAGAUGACGUUUCUCUACUAAUAUGGAUUGUUACAGUAAAAUCAUACCAUUUUUAAAUGCAAAUAUAAGUUGAAUAUAAUUAUAUUUAUGGACUGAGAUGUAAGUUGUAUGAAUAAUGAAUUUGAAAUUUGAAUGAA